AUGUCAGACGCGGAUGAUCCCCAAAAGCAUGACGAGGGGGAUCAUGACGAGGAGGCUCAUGAAGAGGAGGCUCAUGAUGACAAGGAGAACAUUCUAGAUUCGCAGGAAGUUGCGGCGUUCUGGUCGACCGAGAAGGGGCGCUCAAUAAUGGAACAAAUGCCACCCGCCGUUCGAAAGAAGGUGCUGGAAAAGUGUCGCCCUUCAACCCCAUCGGAAAGAUCAAAUAGCUCAGCAGGGAAACAGAAGUUAAGUCGGAUGUUGCUUUGUAAUAUUUGAUCGAAAGUGCCAUUCUACAGAUUAUUUUUUUGAUUAUUUUUUGGGUAGUACGCACUUUUUAGAAGUUCUAAGCAAGAGUAUUGCAUUCUUAUCGCAAAAAUACAUCCAUACUCUCGCUCCCUGUUCCAUUGUCUCUUGUAGUUCUCAAGACCUUUUUUGUCCAUUUUUUCUUAUUUAAGUUCCAUAUCUUCAUUUCUUGUCUCAUCCUGCCCUCUCGUUCGUUGAUGGAUCUCGUCCUUGUUGUCCUUCUGUCAGAAAGAGGCGCUCUUUACGCCUUAAUUCAAUUACAAGCCCUAAUAAAUAAUAAUUGUAUUUGAUCGAAAGUGCCAUAUAACAUCACGAGGUUCGAAGCAAGGUUAUUGCAUCUUUAUCGCAGAUCAUUGAUGAGCGUCUUCUAAAUUUCCCUCCCUCUCCUGCUCGUCAAAGCGGCAAGGAGGCAACACCGGACGGAGGCAAAAAAGGACCGCAUCAAGUUCCAACUGCGCAAGAAGGCGCUGCUUCUUCCGCUGCGGGUCCUGCCGGGACGGGACACAAAGAAGGGAGCAUUGGGAUCCAAGGGCUGGUCCGGCUUAACGGGUACAAUCAACACGUUACUACUAAUACUACUACGGUGAAUCACUAUCAUGUCCAGCACAUCUAUGGGAAUGAGCAACAAGGGGGCUCACAGCCCGCGUCGAACGACAGUCAGAACAAGUCCAACGACAGCCUGAAUCGCUCGGACAUUAUCAUCGUCGGAGCCGAUGACGAAAAUGUGAGUCCCCUGAAGGAGCAGCAGACUUCAUCCAGUAAUAAUCCGAAAGCGCCACAAGUUGCUGCACCAUACGGCGAAAGACCUCCUAGUAGUAGUGGUCGGAAAGAAGAAGAUGGCCUCCGGGCAGGUCAUCUUCACCUUACAAGUGAUGUCGGUAUAGAUAGCAAAAAUCAAGUUGCGCUUGCACGACCCGAAGUCCCGCGUGUAUUGGCAGGAGCAGCUCUUUCGUCCUCUAGUAGGAAGGAAGAGGUUCUUGCACAACUUCCACAAGAGCCUCCGCAACCUCCCCAAGAGCCUCCGCAACCUCCACAAGAGCAGCCACGGCCUCCGAUUACCCAAACAGCAAUUUUAGAUGACUCGUCGUUUCUGGUCGUGAGCUCAAGCUCAGGGGAUCUGUCGCAGAUACAGGCAACCCCAGCGGAGGCUGGACAGGGUGUAGAAGGUAACAAGAUGUUGAGUAAAGUUAACAAGACUGGAAGCAUUUCAUAUUUGUGCACUAUAUUUGACACGCUUUCACCUCUAAAAGUCUAGGUUUAUCCCGUGCAACAAUAUAUUUGAUACAUUUAAAGGGGAAGUGUUGAUGUGUCAAAUAUGUAAGCCAAAUACGAAUUGUCUCAAGCUUCAAUACAGGAGAAGAUAUUAGGGAGGUGCAAGAAGAACAGCGUGGCGAAGAAACAUCUGUCGUCGUGGACCCGGCGGCACAUGUUGUUGCACUAUUAAGGCUACAAUAAAUGCAUCUUCACAGACAUCCUGAGACCGUUUUUCAAGGGGAAAGCAGGCCCAAGAUGCUGCUGAAGAUGGAUUUAUUCUCCUAGUUCUAACACUAGGAAGCGGAGCAGGAGACCAGCAC